GAGAUCUUUUGUUGUUUCAUUUACCGUCUGCUACUCUGCUUUAUGUUAAGUGUUAACCGCGCAGUAAACUUGGUAGAAAAAAAAUUUUGUUGAAUAAAUUCCGAGGGAAAUAGUUACUUUUAAAAAUGGAAUUUCAACGCAACACAGUUCGGCGAACUAUAAAAAAUUCUAUGAAGCUAAGAAGUGAAUAUCCUCAUUCUCUGCAACUAUAUUCCGUACCUCCCAGUGAAACCAUCGGUUUGCAAGAACUUGAAGAUUGGGCUGUCGAACGUCUCAAAGUUCUUAGGACAAUAGAGCGUGUCAAUCUGAGUAAAAAUGCCAGAUUCUCUGAUGAUUGGAAGACUGCCCUGAAAAAUGAUUUACAAAAGCAGAACUUGAACAGUUGGUAUCAACUGAGCUCAAGUAUCAAAGAUGAUAAGAUGGAUGAAAUCAUUUCAAAAUCACGACAGAAAGAUCAUGUUUCUCACUUCUUGAUGAGACUUGCAUAUUGCAGGACUGAAGAGUACAGGCGUUGGUUCAUUGCUCAGGAAACUGAUCUCUUCCGCUUUAGAUUUUCGAUGGAAAGUUCAGAAGAUAUCAGGGCAUUUAUGAAAGAAAACAAAAUGAAUUUUCUACCCAUUCCAGAGGAAGAAAAAAAGAAGAUAUUGACUAAACUUAUACAUGCUGCCCAAUUUAAUGCCAAUAAAGUUGAUGCAGUGGAAUAUUACAAGGUUCCCUUUACAGAGGCUUUAGAUCUAGUUCGCCAUCGCAAAGUAUACUUGCAAGCCGGAUUUGCAUACAUUCCAAGCGAGGACCUCGUUUCCAUAAUCACAGCUAUGUUCCGCUCUCAUUUAUCACUUGCUAUGGCGCUUACUAUGCGUUCACUACCAGAGCUAGAGGACGAUAAUCGAAUCCGUCGCUUACUGAAUGACUUUGAUAAACGAUAUACCGGUCAAGAUUUUAACUCUCUGCAAAAUAAAUCUUCUGGUGCCGCUGUAACACCAGAAAUGAUUGAUGGGUUGUCAAAACAAUCUUUCCCACUCUGUAUGAGACAUUUACACGAGACAUUGCGUUCUACUCAUCAUUUAAAACACGGCGGACGUAUGCAGUAUGGACUUUUUGUUAAAGGAAUUGGACUUAGCUUGGAAAAUUCAUUGAAGUUUUGGAGGGAGGAAUUCUCCAAAAAUAUGGAUAUGGAUAAGUUCGAAAAGCAAUACGCGUACAAUAUUCGCCACAAUUACGGAAAGGAAGGAAAAAGAAUCAAUUACGCACCUCAAAGCUGCAUCAAAAUCAUUAGUUCCAGCGUAGGUCCGGGUGAGAAUCACGGUUGUCCGUUCAGACACUUUGAUGCUGCCGUCCUUCGACAGAAAAUGACAAUGAAUCGUGUUCCUCAGCCAGCGAUUCAAGAAAUAGUCGAUCUAGUGACACGCCAUCAUUACCAGAUUGCCUGCCAGCGGUACUUUGAAGCCACGCACAACACAGAAAUUGAUAGUGGUAUCCAGCACCCAAACCAGUAUUUUAUCGAAAGCCAAAAGAUCCUCAACGGUGAAGUGAAGGAGAAAAUCAAGGGAGCGAAUAAGGUACAGACCAUUCGUGCUACUCUUCCAGCUAAAGUAGAGAAACUUGAAACAAAUGAAAAUGAGGUUCUCAGCGAAUCCGUUUUGGCAGCAAUUGAUAUGGAUGAUGAUUUCAACUAAAUAGUUUAAAUCAACUUUUACUUGAAAGCCGUACAAAGGGUUUUAUCGAUUAAAUUGUAUCUAGCUAGAAGUAUUGCGCACUGCAUUCGGUUGAUCAAUACGAUUCCCCAACUGAAUAAGCUUGCCUUUUAGAAGUUUGUAACAAAAUUGUAGAGAUCGUAUGUUAAGACGCGUUUGAACUUAACUUGAAUAUCUUUCCCACGGCAUCAGAUGUAUAUCAUUUCUUAUCUAAAAUGUAUCUCUGAAACUUUGUGUAAUUGAAUUUUGUAAACUCAAAGUUUCAUCCGAAAAACAAGUUUUGGUGCAUUACUUGAAAGGAAAACUUGCGUCCGCUCAAAGUACUUUUUGAGGUUGGUGUACUUUUUCCUAAUCGUCAAAAAUUACUUUUGGAACAAUAGAAUAAUAGAACGAGACAUACUUCGUGA